AUGGCUGGAUUCGAUGAGCUGAUCGAGCGACUGCUGAAUGAAAUCGCCUGCGUAGGCAGUCAAGGAUUCUCCGCCCAUCAAUUCGAAAAGACUGUCAGAAAUUAUUACGACGAGAAGAACGCGGAAGCAACCACCAACGAUAAUCCGAGCGACGAUGACCUCCUCUUUUCCAGCGCACCGCCCGCGAGGAAGACAAGUGUUGAUGACGAACUACUUGAGUCUAUCCUCACGUGGCUCUGCAAACACCCGGACGUCAACAUCAACGAUGCCAACGGAUCGCAGUCGACCUCUUCGGCUUUGAACGUAAAGCUCGCUGGUAAACGAAUCUUCACGACUGAAGACAGGGUGUGGCAAGCGAUCACCGGCCAUGGCAUCGAUCACAGGCGUGUGCCGAUGAGGGAGUUCGAAAUUCUCUCUGUGGUUGCAGCACAUGGCUCGACGGGAGUUUUGCAGCCACACGUCACCAAAUUGACCGGUCAAGACAAGCGCUCGGUCCCAAAGAGGACCGACAUGCUUGUGGACAAAGGUUACAUCGUCAAAGAGAAUGUAAUCGGUGCUGGCGCUAGAACGAGUAAUCUGAAGCUGAAGCGUUAUGCCAAUGUUCAACCACUGGAACCGAUGAGGAUUCCCGAAUUUCUAGCAGGGAGCAGCUCCGAAGCUGCACCGACGGUCAUUUACUACAAUGCCUGGUUCAACACGACGAUAAGAUUGCUCAAGGAGAACGACAACAUCCUCACCAUCGAAGACCUUCGAUUACACCUGGGAUUGAACCCUAAGAAAUACGAGAACAAGAUUCUCAGACGCUCCAUCAAGCGCUUGUCAGAAUCUGGCUGCAUUCGCUGUAUUUCUGCCAAGUUGCACGAUGCCGAUGGCAAUUCGCUCAUUCAUCUUGCAAGUGGCAGAGAGAAGAAGGCGUUGAGCAUCCAGCUACUUCGCGAGCCUACAGAUUUCGAUCGAAUGAAGUGGGCGCAGGGCAACUCUAAGGCCAAGAAAGAUAAUGGAGCCCUCGACGAUGACUUCGACGACCUGGACGAUGCUGCACAAGCCGAUAAGGCCGAAUCCGUGGAAGAGGAAGACGACUUUGAUGAUCUCGAAUUGCUGAAAGAGCGCAUACCACCUCAGUGGACCCCCGACGUACCGCUGAUCAACCUCGUUUACAGCCUCGUCGAAGAGGCUGGUCCAGAGGGAAUCAGCUCCAUGGAAAUAGCCAAUCGCUUGACCGGUCCGAUAUGGCGUAGACCCCUGGAUCAAGUGAUGUUGCUACUGACUGAUGUAUGGCAACAAUCUCAGCCACCGCACCUUCGCCAUCUCGCCAUUGUCCGUGAUACUAGCGUUCAUGGAAAAUUGGUACACUUUCAGUUCAAAACUUACGGCAAUUUCGAAAGAGCCGUCGAGUCUGGAGAUGCUUCUUGGGAGGCUGUGCAGGAUUCGGAAAAGGCGAAGGGCAAGAAGAAAGCAAACGAUCGGCAGCCUGGUUUGGAUGAAUGGGGCUUCCCCCUGAUUCCAUCGAAAGAACUUGCCAGCGGCGAUGGCAACACUGCAGAAUUGCAGCGGCGAAGAAACUUUACCAAAGGUGACCUCACUUCGGACGAAGCCAGUGAAGACGUCGCAGACACAAUUGACAGUCCAAAAGAAGUUGAGUCAGAGGGUGUUGCACGAGAGAGAUCUCUCCAGCUUGUACCACAAGUCGCCGAACCCGAUGGGGGAGCUCAAGCCGCCGAUGACACUCAGCAUGGACUGCUUGCCUCCGCUUCAGCACAGCCAGAACAGAAAACGAGCGCCAAGCGUCGAGGACCGUACAAACGCCGAACAGAUCCUGCUAGGCCUGGGGUACCUUUGGUCAAGACGAGAGAGAUCCCGCAGCACGAGUUCGAUGAGUGGGAGGCUACUGUGGAAAGAACAGCACAGCUCAAGGUUAUGUUUGAAAUGAACGCGAGCCAGAGGCGUGGUAUAAACCAAGCUGGUCACGACGAUGCUACCGACGCAAUACAUGUGACUGUAGAGGAUUUGCCACUGGCACGUGUAGAGCAAGUCAAGGAAGACCUCAUGACGCGAGAUAAACCUGGCAUCUACAUCAAUCCCCCAGGCGCUCGUGAGAAGAAGCGACAGACCUUUGUCUCCAGGGGUCGUCCACGGACAGCAUUGAUUGCUGUUGUCAAGACACAAAACCUUCACGAGCUCGAGUGGUUCCAAGACGACAGUACACCACGAUUCGCACCUGUGAAGAAACGUCGAAGGACAGCCAAGAUUGGUCUGAUGCCCGCCGAAGCAAAAUCGCCCGAAUACGUUGAUUCCGAUUCCGACGUGGAUGAAACGGUGCCAAAGAGGCCACGUGUAGAUGCAUCAGGACUGGCGACCUCAGCUCUAGACGUAUCUAAUGAUGCGCCAGCAUCGACAGUCCGUGCAAGACCUAAUGGCGAUGCAUCAGCGUCAACUUCCUCCACAAUGCUACCGGCAAUAUCUUCUCCAGCCAAAGCCGAUCUUCAAGAAGCUACACCCUCUGUGCGGCGUAACAACAACACACCAAAGCGGCGUGAGAAGACUUUGGUGCCAGUUGCGCCUGCGCCUGAUUUCGACGAUCCCACCACUGCAGUGGACAAUCAGAACGAAUCCUCGACCGCGGCUGUCCAAGAAAGUCUGCUAGUCCAUUCAACGCCAUCUCCAGGCAAAGACACAAAUGUUGACGGCAUAUCUGGUGCCUCGGCGGUGACAACUGCCAACAUCCCAUCUGCCCGGCAGCAGAGUGCCGCUGAAGAAUUGAAUGCGCUAAAGUCCAAACGAGGUCGGAAAUCAAAAGAAGUGAAUGCACGAGUAGCCGAGCUCGAGAAACAGAUACUGCAAGGUCAUUCUGACCCUGUCGAACAAUACAAUAUUUUGAAGUCGAGGCCAGGCCAAAGAUCUCGAGAGACACGCACUCUUAUGGCGCAGUUGCAGAAACAGAUUGAACGCCAGCAGGAGAACCAGAAGACGCCACAGAAAGUCAUCGAGACGGCGAGACCACCUUCGAAUGGUCGCCAUACUCAUGAUGCCACCGCCAUGACACAGUCCACGACAAUACCCUCAACUGACAGAUCUGCGUCCACCACCAACCCUCAGCCGCCAUCUGAGCACCCAGAAGCGUCCCAGCAAUCAGGGUCCGGCAACUUCACGGCUGCGAAUGGGCAACUGUUUGAGACCUUCAACAAAGAGUACGUACUGGCCCAUCCGACCGAGAUGUUCCAUCACCGAGGAGCCGGACGUUAUGCACGGGGGGCCAAACCGGCAACUGCCAUUACGUCGCGAGCUACGCCAGGUGAUGUUGCGAAAGGGUCAGUGCAGGCUGGGCACCAGGCCGCAACAAUCACUGUAGGGGCCACGUCUGAGAAGCCGCAAGCUGAUAAUUCGAACCCGGAGCAGUCGAGCAGACUUGAACAGACUGCGAUUCCAGUGCAGAGUGUGGAAAUCAGUCUACACAAGGAAGCCGAUGACACUGGCCCGACGCAGAGCACUGAUACGCAGCAAAUUGGUCUUUCAGAGGAGGAGAUUUCAAACAGAGUUGAGCAGACAGCCACUUCCGUGCCAGACUUGGAAGCCCAUGUAGAAGAAGAACCUGAGGUUAAUGGCCCAAUGCAGAGCUCUGAUGCGCAACAAACAUCAUCAACUGCACGGUUCGACGCGACGUACGUUGAGACCCAUCCAGAAGAAACAUUCUAUCACCGAGGAAAGGGUGUGUGGGCCCUUGGCCUGCCGCCGCCGGGUUAUUCGGCCAAAGUUGGAGUGCGAGGCCCUGGAGCAGAAGAUUGGAGAGCAUCUAUCGGCAUGCCAACGAAAGCGCCCAAGACCCCUGCGCCUCUAAAAGAAAAGCUUGCGACGACUGCGAUGCUCAGAAGGUCUGCACGUAAUGAUCAUGGAGCGGCAGAUGGUGCAGUCACUGAUGAGACUGCGCGGACUAGCCUUAUGGUCAAGCUUCCAAUUCCACGAUCACACCUGACUGCACUUGCUUCAAAGGACAACAAGCGAACGGUCCGCCAAGCUCUCGCGGACAACGGGAUCGCUUCAGGAUCAGCCGCUCCUUUACCAACUUCUCGACAGAGUACAAUCACUAGACCCAACGCCGAUACCGAGCACAGCCCCUUCAAAGAUAGCAGUCACGCUCGAACACAAGAUGGUGGAAAUCAGCCCUGGAAUCUUGCUCAAGCAUCAAGCAAUAGUUCGCCGUCUAUUUUACGUAUCGUGAGACCCUACGAUGCAUCUGCUCAGCAAAGGAUCUCUCCAAGUGUUUUAGACUCAUUGAAACCAGGGCCAGCAGGAAUCGAGGCCACGCAGUUGACCCCCACGACCUCAGUUCGCCAGGCUGAAGAUGGUCCACCUACGUUUCAGACGCAAAAUCACGGCGACAAUACUCAGCACGAAGAAUACGUCCCCAUCGUUGAAGAUAGCAUGGAUGUAGACCAGCAGCCAGACGAAGAGGAAAGCUUGAGCAUCACGCCAGCUGUGCCAGUACAGUUUACUGCUAAUUCACCGAAAUCCGCCAAGAAACUCGGAACCACACGCACGCGCGGUAGUGUGGUUUUCCAGCGACAGAAGAUCAUACUGGAUGCACUGCGGGCUUGCAAUGGGGUCUUCCCUGGCGACGUGGAGAUGUGGUACGUCUUCGCAAACGCGUGGAAGAGAAUAUACAACCAGGCACCCGACAAGCAAACCGUCGACAACACACUCAAAACCUUGCAACAGAGCAAGAAGCUCAAAAAGCUCCUAUUCCAGUUCCAAGGGAAGAGUGGAAGUGUGGUGCAGCGUGCUAUUUUGACUGAACCCAACAUCGAUCCAACUUCGGUCCAGGUCAAAAAGAUGCAGAAGCGUAUCAUCGAUUGCUAUCCAUCGUUUUACCUGCCGUCCGAGGUUGAAGUCGAUGCCGAAGUACGUGCCAGAAUUGCCAGAGCUCUGGAAAAGAAGCAAGAUGCUCAUGCAGAUGCCAACGACCUCAUGCCAACGUCCACUCCAACAAAACGCGACACCUUGAAUGUGAGCAAAGAGCCAGCCGUUGUGCGCCAGACUCAACGUUCCACCGAUGUUGAGGCGAAACAAGCGAAGCAACAAGGCUUUCCGGACGUGUUUUCCUUUCGCCAACAUCUUCUGGACGAGGUCGAGGCGAAGAAGAGUGCAUCUUCAGCGCAGUUUCAAAUCCAACAACGAGAAAAGGCGGGAUGGGCGGACAACGACAAUGAGGAGAGAGCGGGCGGCGAUCAAACUACUGUCCCGAGACCACCACCAAAAUUGCCAAUUCCAGCCCUACAGAGGAAGCCGUUAAGUUCAUUGCGCCCCAAUACUCGGUCCAGGAACAAGCCUCACAGGCCCCGCGAUGUUGGCGGUGGCAUGACACUAGAAGACGAAGCCCGUUACCGGCUACGAGCAGCUAAUCUGAUCCAUUACCCAACGCAAGAGUUCCACAAGGCAACGGGCACAUUCAAUACUUGCCCAGUGGUCUCUGUCCACACCAUGCCAGAGUUGAGGAUGCUGAGAAGCCGACCUGUGAUUCUGGGUGAGUGCAAGCAAAACCGCCUUCUUGCGACCAGCAGCAAUGUACCUUUCGGUCUGGUCGAAACCCUAAGCCGUGCAUGCAGCUCUCCUCAGACUGAUAAGGCUCGAGAGUUUUUCCAGGAAGUGGAUGCUGUCGAGACAUGGGAGAAGCAGCUUGAGGAACACGCAGAGGUCAGCGGAAGCCGAGGGACGGUCUUCAUCAAUCACACUCUGAACCAACCGCAUGCCCUUAUAGAGCUUGAACAACUCUUCGGGUCGACCACAAUGCCGCCUUUAAUGGUGCCAGCACCGACAUCACCAUCCGCGAGCGGUGAAACGCAGAAUCGACAGCCAGCGUCGUUAAGGGCUCAAACUCUCAUUACCCCGGAGAUGUCCAGGAAGACUGGCAAGGCAAAGCGGCAAUACAGCUCCCGGAAGAACAAGAACGUCAAUUUUGAGGAUGCGGCGCAAGAUUCGGAGACAGAGUAUGUCCCAGAUGAUGUUUUCCCAGCAAGACGGACCGCCAGAGUUCGUGCUGACGGCAAAGAGAUUGCCAGUCGGGACCGCAAGAGUGGUGCAGAGUUCAAGGAGUCUCAGCGCCUCAUCAUUUCGGUAGCACUGGUGACGACUCUCUGCGGUGGUCUCCAUUCUGAUCGGCCGCCUUGGACUGCCGUUGCGCACGCUAUGGGCUUCUAUCAUGACGCCAAUUUCUAUCGUAGACGUUGGGAUUGCUUCAAGAGAUAUCGUCAAGGCGAGCUCGACGAACUGCGGAGCCGUAUCCGGGAAAACUUCCCGACUGCUUACGAACGCAAUGAGCUACCGUCCAUCAAUUUUCAAGACCUUUGCAAUACAGAUUGGCCUGCACUGGUCAGAUGGGUCGAGGAGACGAUCUUGCCGCACGUGGAGACCACUGAGCAACAGCAAGCCCCACACCUGUUGCCGUCUAGAGAAGCCGUGGAGGAUGAAUUCAUAGUUCAGGAGCAGAAGCCGAUUUUUCGGUUCAGCGCGGACGAGUACUUCACCAAUCUGACGGAGACGGGUCGAAAGCACUACGCUCUGAGGUACACACAUGGGAUUCCUCUGGCAAGCCCAAGCGCCGACGGAGUGGACGAUAUGGUUGUGUUGAAAUCAUGGGUCCGCGCAGUCAUCAUGACCAAGCAAUGGAAUUACAAUCCGGAUGUCGCAGCGGCCAAGCUGAGUACCUCGUUCUCGAGUUCAAUGCUCGAAAAGGUUACGGCAGAGAUGGUGCAAGGUCGCAUGUUCACUCAAGAGAAGAAGGGUCGUCAACUGCCCGGCAGGAAUUUUGUUAUCCACAACGACGUCCUUGCCCAAUUCAAACGAUGGCCUGCAAAACCAGAAGAAUACCAAUACCUGCGUGCUGUUUCCAACGCUUGGGCGAACAUCGUUCAGCACUUCGAAACCAAUGAAGAGCUCAACCUCGUGGCGGAGGCGUCUGAUCCUGAGUACAUCGUCCUCACCAACAUGGCCGCCCAAGGCCAAAUCAAGCCAAUGGCAAUGCUACCACCUCGCAAAGACGAUUACGACGCAUCCUUCCCGAAGCUGUCACCUUGGGGUUAUAGUGGCUACAGCUACGAGACGAAGAAGGUCAACCCAAGCCUACUGAAGGCUCCCAUCGUCUAUAAGAAGUCGACGAUCUACCGAGCACAUCAUGGUCUGACGGUUGCGGUCCCGAUCCCUUUGCAGCUGGCAACGAGAGCAGGUGAAACAGGUGCCCGAAUCCCAUUCUGGGUCGAUAUCCAUGGCAACCUGAUCGAAGACGUUUGGGAUAUGGUUGUGCGAUCCCUCGUGCAUCUGCUGGUCUUCAGGUCUGGCUUGACAGCUGCGAGGAUGGAAGAGUGCCACGGUCAUAAGUUCUGGGACUGGGAGAUUGAGCUUGCUCUUGUGUGGUUGGAGAAGACAGGCAUCGCGGUCCGCACCGGCGAUGGCGUGGAAGAGGACGGUAUCUGGAAGGGCGGCUGGAGUGCUGGGCAGUGGUGGUACUGUGCUUUUGCUCCUGAUGUGGCUACUUGGCAGGCGCCUUCUGAUGCUGAAAUUGGCAUUCAGACAGCAGCCUAG